AUGGCAGGACAGGCAUUUCGAAAGUUUCUCCCCCUCUUUGACCAAGUAUUAGUGGAAAGGAGUGCCUCUGAAACUUUAACUAAAGGAGGCAUGAUGCUUCCAGAAAAAUCUCAAGGAAAACUCCUGCAAGCAACAGUAGUAGCUGCUGUGUCUGGCUUGAAAGGAAAGGGUGGAAAGAUUGAACCAGUGAGUGUGAAAGUUGGAGAUAAAGUUCUCCCUGAAUAUGGAGGCACCAAAGUAGUUGUAGAUGAUGAGAAUGAUUUCUUAUUUCGAGCUGGUGACAUUCUUGCGAAGUAUGUGGACUAG